CGAAGACUGGGUUGGCAAGAUAUCAAUCCCAACUAGUGCUGGAUGACUCCCUUAUAAUUUACACCGCGUUAUCUUUGCCCAGGUCUGACGUCCUCUCUCACCGGUCAGUCAAUAAGAACGACGGACGUCGUACAUACGUGAUAUAAAUGAGACCGGGAAAACCCAAUGCGACCCGAUGGGCAUGCUUGAGAUCGCACGAGGGACUGGAGAACGAGCCUUCCAGUACCUUGCGUACACCGAGAAUAAAUAUAGUACUUUAGGACUGACCUCGUUACUUCUCGGGCCCAUUCAUUCUUUGCUUUUUUUUUCUCUCAUCUUUCCUCUUCUCCCCCCUCCUCUUAUGCCCUAUUUUUCUUUUUUUUUCUUUAGUCACUUUUGACGGACACACGGCAUGCGUCCAUUCGGAGAGAGGGCGCGUCGGGAUAGGCCGUGUCAGGUCCGGUCCAGGUCGGACAUGGAGACCAACUCGCGCUGCUCUUUCUGUUUUGGCCUUCCCCCCCUUUAACCCACUGAACCGUCCUAGUGUAAUGUCGUAUUCCUGCAGCACGUUAACCCGCUGACUACAGGUAAUGGAGUUGAGCAACGACGAUGAGUCGCGGACUCAGCCGGUCGAUAUCCCUAGAGAGAGAAGGUGUAUCCCGUCAUUGCGACAGCGACAGGCUUGGCUGCAUGGGGUGUCAAGAUUUCAUUGCUGGAGCCCACUUUUUUCUAUUCUUUUUUUCAAGUCACCUGCCGCCGUCAAUUGGUGUAUGAUCUCUUAGUUUGAGAUGAUUAAAAGAAAAGAAAAAAGUGACUAGAGAUCAGAGACUAGAUAUUGGUGAACGAAAGAGAAUGGAUAGAGAAGAGGUGGGGUGCGAUAAGUUGGGGAGGGG